UGCUGCAGAGUCGUCGCAUUCACGAUUCACGAGCCUGCACUGCAACACUGAAUUGAAUUAAUUUGCUUCCCCAACUGAGGUGGCAAGUGGUUGAAAAGAUCAGAGCAGAGAGCGAGCUUGGAAGUGUACAUGAAUUGAUGUGUUUGUCGGAAGUAGGAUGGAAGUGACAGGACAAGGGUGAGUGGGACUAAAGGGUAGUGUGUGUAUGGUAGCAAGUAUGAAAGAGGAGGGAAGAGUUAUGGAAGAGAGAUCAUAGAGAACGAAUGCGAGUGUUUGAGGGUAAGUGAAUGAGGGAGAGAGAGAGAGAGGGAAGGGGGAGGUUUCCUAAGUGCUUGAGCAUCAGUGACUGAUAGAGGACAACAUUGCAAGAGAGGUGUUGAGCAUGCAUCUGUCUCUAGUGUUAUUUGAGCGUGCUCAGAUGGGGUAGGAGAUACACUGCACGGUACGAGGGCACAGUGGGAAAAGCCUGGCAACUCUGCGGAAGCUUUUUAUAGACAUAUGGAGCAGCAAUAAGUCCAAACGGCAUCAAUUCUGGACCAAAGCCACAAAAGCCAAGAGAAGACAAGCUAUACUGAAAUUCUGGUGUGGGUUAGCUGAACUGGAUGUCCGGAACUCUCUUUGUCUCAGGGGGAUGGUUCUUCAUAGCAGUAUCUGUCAGGAUUACCUCGGAGAGGAGCAAUUUUUGGCUCGUCCUCCCAGGUGUCACAUCGGAUGUGUUCUUUUUCUGCCAGCUCGAUUGGCAAUGUGACUUUCUUACUAUUCUCAGUGCACUUUUUGGAUACAUAUAUGCUUCACAUCAAAUUCUGAUGGCUCCUACUCUGAAGGCUUUCUCAUCAUUGGAAAACACACUGUAUGGUAUACGUUUUUGAAAAAGUGGAGUCGCAACAGAGGAUGCAUAUGUAGAUGUGGAGAACCGGUAAAAAGAUUGACAGAUGUCCCACAUAAGCUGGUAGACUGACUUUCGGUAUGUCACAAUCCUCUCAAAAUAGAAGCUCAAAAUGGUGUUUUUUUAAUUUAUUUAUUUGCUGGCUGUCUUGAGAACAAAGCUUCUUUCAUGCCAAAAAUGAUACCAUUUGAUUUCAUUUUAACAUCAUACGGAAAAGAUCAAAGCUUUGCAGAGAACUGUUUGUUUCAGUGCUGAAACUUUUCCAAUUUUCUUGAUGCCCUCUUUCUUUUUGAAAGUUUUCCUUUUGAAUUUUCUGAGAGAUACUAGAUGUUCCUGGACUGAUUUCAAAGUUUCCCAACAUCAGCAAAAAACUAUGCUAAGAUGUUUGGACCAGAGAAUGGGUCUUUCAUUCAGAUAGGGCCAAACAACACUGUGGUGGGCUUCAGACAUGAAGCCCAGUGUCCUGUCCCCUCCUGGCUGCUGCUGCUGUCGUCCCCGUGUGAAGGAUGUUUCACAGCACAGCACUAGGACCAUUUGAACCGAGCCAGAGCCCUGACCGGAGAGCAGAGAUCCGCAGGCACAUUAAGAUGGUCAUGGAACAGCUGGAGGAAGUUCUUGCUGAGCUCAAGGACGUGGCCAAGGAGCUCCGGGAGGUCGUGGCACAAAUCGACAAGUUAACAUCAGAUAUUGACCUCGACUCAGACGAUGACCUGACACUAGUGUGUUGCAGCGAGGACCGUGGUGACCUCUUGCACAAUGAGACAUUAUCCGACAACCACUUACUGCACAACCCUCUGCUAGACACGCUCCGUAACCCAACCACAGCCAAGAAACAAGAAUUAGAGCUCUACCGCAGGAGCUGUGGAGACUUGCCUGCCCUCAAUGGACCGUUAAAGGCCUCAAACAGCCCUAAAGCCUCCUGGCUCUUUGGAUCUGGAGGACAGCUCCAUUACUACGACAAGACGCUCUAUCACGCGUUGUGCUGUGACGAUGACGAUUACGGCGAAGACAGAGGUGGAAUGAGAUCUUCGAGGCUGUCGUCCACCGAUUCUGUGUUUUCAUCUUCACCGCCGAGGUUUCUGACGCCUAGAUGUAACCGUAAAACUUACUCCAGCCCGGACUCGAAGAAAAGAGCUCUCCGUAGCUGCAGUACACAAACUGUUUCUGAUAAAAGCACACAAACUCACUUCCCAUACAUUCCAGCCAAGCAAAGAGCUUCAAGUGACUACAAGAACUGAAACUUUCCACAAGCUUCCCAAAAACUCGGAUAGUUAACCCAAAGCGAAACAUCUGUCAUUAAUUUUUCACCCUUGUGCUGCUCUGAAACCAUAUGACUUUCCUUCUUCUGUGGAAUGCAGAAGGUGAAUUUUUUUGAUAUAAUAGAAGUGAAAAAGAACAGGGUAUGUGAAGCUGCGAAAUUUUAUGUGAACAUAAAAAUAGUGCAUAUAACUACAUUUAACAUAUUCUGAAUGUAUACUACUGGCCAGAAGUUUGGAAUACUUAAGACUGUUUAAUGUUUUUGAAUGAAGUCUCUUCUGCUCACCAAGGCUGCAUUUAUUCGAUGUAAAAUACAGUAAGAUGUUAGAAAAAAAGUUAAAUAUUAUUACAAUUUAAAAGUACUGUUUCCUCUUUGAAUAUAUUUUAACAUGUGAUUUAUUUCUGUGAUGCAAAGCUGAUUUUUCAGCAUCAUUACUCCAGUCUUCAGUGUCAUGUUAUCCUUCAGAAAUCAUUCUAAUAUGCUGAUAUGCUUCUCAGUUAUUAGUUAUCACUGGCGCUCAAGUAUUAAUAAUGGUUCUUUGUACAGUUGCACUGCUUAUUACUUUUAUUUGAAAUAUAAAUCUUUUGCAACAUUAUAAAUGUAUUUACUGUUACUUUUGACCAAUUUAAUGAAUCCUUAGUUAAUGCAAGUAUUUAUUUUUUCCUUAUUUUUAUUUUUAUUUUUACUUUUCAAUGGUGGUGUAUCACAGUUCCCACAAAAAUAUUAAGCAGCAAAAACGGUUUAACACUAAUGAUAAUAAUAACACAUUUUUCUCGAGCAGCAAAUCAGCAUAUUGAUUUCUGAAAGAUCAUGUGACACUGAAGACUGGAGUAAUGCUGAAAAUUCAGCUUUGAUCACAGAAAUAAAUUACAUUUUUAGUGUAAUAUAAUUUAAUUAUAUUAAUAUAGAUUAAAUUAUUAUUGUUUUUACUGUAUUUUUCAUCAUGUAAAUGCAAUUGGUGAACAUAAAAAACUCCUUUCAAAAACAUUUAAAAAUCAUAGUUAUUCCAAACUUUUGAGCAGUAGUGUAUUUGUUAGGUUUGAGAUCCAAAUUUUAUAAUUAUUCACCAAAAAUCUUAGCACUAGCAGUCCUUGAUACGUUUAUGAAGUAGUGAUUUCUGAUCUAUGAACUCUUCUGUGAAGUCAUUGUUUUUGUUGGAUCUUUUCAGUGAAUAUGUUUAUUCGGUUCACAAAACCAGUCUGAAUGAUUUGUUCUUGAAUCACAGCUAUUUUUAUGAUAUUUUAUCAAUACUUUUUAAAUCAUGGAAAAGCAUGACCAAAAGAUCUCAUUUGGGUUUCACUGAAGAAUGAAAGUCAGUGAAUUGACAUAAGGGUGAAUAAAUGAACAGAAUUUUCAUUUUGGGGUGAACUAAUCGUUUAAAUUAGUUUGAAAUGAUUUUGAACUGUGCCAUCCGUAUUUAUGAAAUGUUUAGGUCGAUAUUUAUGAUAAUGAAUUACUGUCAUGGAAAAACCUCUGUUCUCAUGGAGUUUCCAAAGAACAAUUUAACCAUCGUUUGGAUUAAUUAUGAGGGAUUAUGCCAAUAUCAAAACAAUCAUGCAUCUCUGCAGAACAUUAACACCAGUCCAAAGCCCCCUAAAGAGUGAGAAUUGGUUUCGGUCACACCCACACUGCGCAGUAAAUAGACACAGUUAAAUUAAGCGAGUAGUACGCUUCCCCAAAGAAUUACUAGAAUAUAAAUAAUGUGCUUUAUAUUAGGCUGUUAUUUCUGACAAAACCCCAAGUAAAUUAUGAAUAAAAUUAUGAAUACAACUUUCUGGCAGACGCUUCAUUCCGAAUCAUCUUCCUCUCACCAGGACGUUAAUUAGUGAAACUGUUUUUCCUGUGAUGUAUGCACAGAUUUACCAUAGUAACCAUGGCUGUGACAAUAAAACUGCUGCAUUAGCCAUUGUCACAAAUACAGAAGUGAAAAAAAAACAAACAAAAAAAAGCUUUAUACAGUGUUUAAUGGAGAUCCAUUUAUUAGCGGUGGUUGCUAAAGCUCAUAUUUCAUAUAAGGCUCAUAUAGGAUCAUUACUGCCAUAAUUAGGGUUAAUGAUUUGAACAAUCCCCUAACUGUGUUACAUUUUGCUGUGCAGCUCAUACUGCAAGGUCUGCACAACAAACAUGAAUGAUGCUUUAAAUAGUGUGGUUUAUUGAGAAGAAGUGCGUUAUUACUUUUCUACGCAAUCAGACUUGCCUCGUGGACUGUAAAAUUAGUAAAAAUAUCUGUAGACUUCUUUUAUCUAGAGAUCAAAUAAAUGUGGUGCUGAGCUUUUUUGAUUUGGGCGAGCAAGAAACCACAUAAAAACCGUCCAGAACUGCAAAACGACAUGUUAAAAUCAUUUAGAACAUUGAAUAACCAAAAAAACAACGUCCAGGCAACCACCACUCACUCUUUCUUAAAUUGUUACUCCACCCCAAAAUGAAAAUUUUGUCAUUAAUCACUUACCCCCAUGUCGUUCCAAACCUGUAAAAGCUUUGUUCGUCUUCGGAACACAAUUUAUGAUAUUUUGGAUGAAAACCAGGAGGUUUGUAACUGUCCCAUUGACUGCCAAGUAAAUAACACUGUCAAGGCCCAGAAAAGCAUGAAAGACAUCGUCAAAAUAGUCCAUCUGCCAUCAGUGGUUCAACCGUAACAUUACGAAGCUACGAGAAUACUUUUUGUACGCAAAGAAAAUAAAAAUAACGACUUUAUUCAACAAUUCGUCUCCUCUGCGUCAGCGUAGCGUCAUUUUGGAGAGUAUCCGCUGGACGCAAAUAGCGUAACAAGAAUCCCGGUUUUCAUCCAAAAUAUAUUAAAUUGUGUUCCGAGGACGAACGAAGCUUUUGGAACGACAUGGGGGUAAGUAAUUAAUGACAAAAUUUUCAUUUCGGGGUGGAAUAACCCUUUAAGAAAAAAUAUGAAUCUGAUUAUGUUUUUACAUCUAUAAAUAACUCCUUUUGUGUUCUGCUAAAGAACAAAGUAACAUUUUCAAAAGAUAUGGCUAAAUAAAUGAUGACAGAAUAAAUUUUUUGGGUGUACCGUCCCUUUAAGAACUAUUUUAUAAGAAUAAAAUGCCUAGGAGUGUCUGCAAUCAUAAGUGCCGACAGUACAGCGGGUCAGACGGAGGAAAUUAAUUAAGAGGCAAGAUUCACUGUCCAUGGUGUCAAACACAUUAGCCGUGCCGUAUCUGAACUUUGACAUUGUGAGCUCAUUCCUUCAAAAGACCUCACAAGGCCGUGCUCUGAGUUCAUCUGUCAGUGUGAGUGAGGUAAUUUAAUUGGAGUCUAAAUCAUGAAGCUUUACCUCGGGCCCAUUUCAACUGGAGAUGGCUGUUAUGCAAUCAUCUAUAAUAAAAAGCCAAUCAUUGAAACUGCCUUCAAGGCACACUGUGCAGUUCUUUUUAUGGAAUACCUUUUAAUCCUCUAUACAAGUAUAGCCCAAUUAUAACUAAAGCAAACACAAGGUUAGAUUGGAGUCUUAAAGGAAUAGUGCAUUCAAAAAGGAACAUUUUGUCAUCUACCACUGUAAAAAAAUAUAAAUAAAUAAAUGUAU